AGUAGCGCCCGCCUGCUAUCAUUACUACAAAACAGCUAUAUAUAGGGUUGCAAAUGAAUCACUACGCAUUUGUAUAUGGAAUUACAAGUAAUUUGGUUGUGUAAUAUUUAACACAUGUUACACUAAACGUAUCAUUCGUACAGGACGCUUCUCUGUAUAUAUAAUGCAACCCACUAAACUGUCGCGUUCAGCGGUAAUCGAUGAUGGUUGGAUUGAUAGCUAGCGUUGUAAUAUUCACUAACAGUACUCAAUACAGUGUACUGUAUAAGCGUCACCAUUAGCAUUACCAUUACCAUUUAAGACACGGUUGGUGACGGAUAUUUAUAUUCUUGAAGCGUUCAGAACUGUCACAGAGUCUGAUGAUUCACUAGUAUGUAUCUACAAAACCUCUGUCUUUAAAAUUCUGGAUGUUUUGCCUUUACCAUAGUUUGACAAUCAAUAACCGAUGUGUAUUUUUCGUGCUGGGGUGUCGUUAAACAUUCAUUCAUUCAUUCAUUCAUUAAAAUUCUGGAACGUACCUCAGGAAUGUAUGGAGACAUUAGGUCAAGGAAGACGAGAAGACAGCGAUGAACAUACUGGAUAUACAGAAAUACAUAGUCUAAGAAGAGACUUGAGUUUUACUCAGAAAUAUAAAACAGUUGUUUUUUCCGGAGGACAGUGUACACACACCUUUAAGAGCGACACGAACGACUAAUGUGAAAAUUCCGUGAGUGUACAGCUAGAUAGAAGAAAGACAGCGAUAUAAGAGCGUAACACGAUGAUCAACACAAGCGAUAAUUUGGUAUAACAGUCUGCAAAACACGGAUGUAGUUUGCUGCAGUAAUGGAUUUUGAAAAGUACAAACUUGUGAAGGAAAAUGAAGAUGACGAUGAGGGUUCACAAAUUCAAGGACUUGAAAUCCCCAACAAAAGACAGACGACGACGUGUUUUGUUUACGUCUUGGCCUUCUCCUCAGCAAUCAGCGGCUUUCUUAUGGGCUACGACAUCGGCGUCGUGUCCGGGUCCAUGCUGCUCAUCGUGCCGCACUUCCAUCUCGACACGAUGUGGACGGAAGCCAUCGUCAGUGCCACAGUCGGGGCUGCCGCUGUGUUUGCUCUCUCGUCUGGGUAUCUCGCUGACGUGUUUGGGAGAAAGAAGAUCAUCAUAUUUUCCAGUAUUGCUUUCGCCACUGGCGCUGUUAUCAUGGGAGCCUCGCCCACCAAGGAAAUUCUCAUACUUGGACGUCUAGUGGCUGGUGUUGGCAUAGGAUUCUCCAUGUCAACAGUGUCUGUCUAUAUAGCAGAAUCUGCACCAGCACACAACAGGGGAAGUUUAGUGUCCUUGUGCCAGAUCUUUGUUGCUAUUGGGAUUUUUGUGUCCAGUGUAGUCGUUGGGAUCUUCAGCGAAGUGAAGGAUGUCGGAUGGAGAUUCAUGUUUGGUCUAUCUGGAGUGGCUGCGAUCAUUCAGCUGAUCGCCUUCCUGUUUUUACCAGAGAGCCCCAGGUGGCUUGUGGGUAGAGGCAGGGACGUACAGGCACGCGCUGUCCUCGAGAGGAUUCGUGGAACAGACGACAUCACGAAGGAGAUUAAUGAGAUCCAGGAAGCCGUGGUGGAAGACAAGCUGCGUGGAGACGGUUUCGUCAUCACGAAGGUUUGCUCCACGCCUCACGUCAGACGCGCUCUUCUGGUUGGCUGCAUGCUGAUGUUCUUCCAGCAGAUGUGUGGCAUCAACACAAUCACAUACUACAGUGCCACUAUUAUGAAAAUGGCGGGAUUUUCAAGCGAGCACUCAAUCUGGUUGGUCACUGCGCCAAAUAGUGUUGGCCUUGUUUUAACUUUCAUCGGGAUGUGGCUGGUGGACAGAGCUGGUCGAAAAAUAAUAACACUUGUCAGUAUAGCAGGUGUGUGUGUGGCUUUGUGUAUCCUUGCCACUAGUUUCCAGUUGGCUGCUCUGAAAGCUCCACCUGUAAAUUUUACGGAAUCGUUCAGCAAUGGAACUCUGUACAACUGGUCAUGUGCAUCAUAUACAAACUGCGACAGCUGUACCAACGACGUAGACUGUGGAUUUUGUUUUAACGACACUUCAAUGGGAUCUUGUCUUCCUGUGGAUAAGGACAAUUCACAACAUUCACAAUUUGGACGUUGCAACGGAACAGGCCAAUCGGAUUCCUCGUUUAAUUUUGACGUUGGUUUUUGUCCAAAUAAUUUCAUGUGGAUGCCAGUUGUUGGAAUGGUCUUACUGGUGUUUUCUUUUGCACCAGGCCUUGGACCGAUGCCUCUGACAGUCAACUCCGAGAUAUACCCACUGUGGGCUAGGAGCACGUGCAGUGCAAUUGCAAUGUGCGUCAACUGGUCUUUCAACCUGGUCGUCUCUUUCACCUUCUUGACUUUCACGGAAACAAUAACCAAAUAUGGCACGUUCUGGCUAUAUGCAAUAUCGUGUGUAUGCGGGUUUAUAUUAAUAGCAAUCUUUCUUCCGGAAACAAAACAAAAGACUUUGGAAGAAAUGGAACAAAUCUUCAUGUCGAAAAACGAGAAGUUGAGACGACAGUUUAAUGUAAUUCCAUAACUGGAGAAGUAUUAAGCUACUUAAGACUGUCUUGGUGCAUCGCGAUCUGUGCAAACUGUUAUAUUGUUUUUUUUAAUAAAUGUAUUUUUCACCUAGUUUGUAAUAAUAUGAAGUAAAAUGUGAUACUGUAGAUUUCUCAUGCAUAAUCCAUAGUUUCAUUUAUUUAUGACUAUCGUACCAAGUUUUAGUUAUUGGACAAUGGUACUACCUAACAUUAUGUUAUUAGACUACAAUAUAUUAAAUCACAGUUUCUAUUCACAAUAAAUACAUUCUAAUAACACAUAUUUAAGGUAGUGCUGAACCAAAUAACAUCCGGCUGGGUCAAAGUUCGAAGUGACCGUAACUUUUAAUAGCACAGUUAAUACCCCCAGUCCUGCCAUUAAUGAUAAAUGUGACAGUUUUUGUUGUCAAAAAAUUAAUGCAGUAUAUGUAUGCAAUUUUAUUUCAUCAAGUACCACUGUGUCAACUUUUGCUGAAAACAUGUAUGGAGUACCUGUAAAACUAAGAACUUUAAUUUUAUGCUAAAUCAAGGGGGUUGUAAAAACUUUUCAAUUAAUACUUUUGGGGAGAGGUUGUAGUAUUCAUAUUUAUGGGUCAAAAUUUGUUUGGAUAUACUGCAUAUAGUGCUUUAACCACAUACGUAAACGUUAGGUAUAGUAUAACCUUAACUUGUAAAAACCCAAAAUUGUUUCUUAAAUACAUGUAAAUUUCACGUCUGCUUGUUAUAUGCAUCGUCUGCCAUGACUUCUGCAAACGGUUCGCUGUUUUCCAUUGUUAGUGUAGGGGCGUUUGUAGCCAAAAGAGGUCCCAUGGGAAAUUCAUAUUAAUUUUUGGAACGAUUGAUAUUUAUAAUCAUUGAAAAAAAAUUGUUCCAUUUUUUCUGAUGAAUAUCAAGAUCAUUUUGAGGUCAGCAAACGUCACCUGUACAAAUCUGUUCAAAGAACUAAGCGAAAUAAAAUGUCACAGGAGGAUAAUGUCUUUAAAAUAUUGACAUGUAACAUGUAAAUCCACCAUGUAAACUAUACUAAAACAUGAAUAAAUGUUUGUUUUGU